CUGACCGUGACACCUCUACUGCUCCACACCCUGACUACAACAGUGAGAGCUGAACUCCAAGAUGUAAACAAGAAAUGUGAAUCAGAUUCGAGAACUCAAAUAGAACUGUGUAGUUUUCUUUCUGAGGAGAGAAAUGGAUCACUUUGUGUGGAAAGUUACAGGCCAUUAAUCCACAAUGUGACUAGUGAUGUAGUAGGCGUGUCUCAUGGAAGAGUGUCUGCUGGAAAUAUGUCGGCUGGAAGUCUGCCAGAUGGAAGUCUGCCUAUAGGAACUGUCUGUAAUCUGCCUAACUCGACUCACGUUCUCCUGUGUACAGAAGAAGGGUGGAAAGAAAUUAAAGAAUUGAUGCUGGCAACCCAGAAGAGAACAAGAAGAAAACGGUUAACCGCAAUAGCGGACUUAACGCUGUGGAAUAAUGAAGUAUCUAAUGAACAAGCAAGCAUCACCAUCAGGUGCCCGGAUGUUACAAGUGUUGUGGCAGACAAGGGCAAGGUCGGCGCCAUUGUGUCCUGGAUCCAGGCCACGGUAAACAGCAGGCCUGGGAGUGAAAUAAGUCUACGACAGACUCAGGGUCAGACUUCAGGUACCUGGCACCCCGUGGGUCACUACACGGUGACCUACCUGGCUAAUGAUCUACACGGAAACUACGCCACCUGUUCGGUGAAUUUCAACGUCACAGUUGUCAGAUGUUCUUUUGAGUACACGUACAUGUACAAAGGCAGCGCUGUGUGUACGGCGGAGAAUAUUUACGGCAGUGUGUGUACGUAUGUGUGCAACCAGGGGCAUCAACUCUCAGAUACAUCGCUGGUGGAAUGUUUGAGUGAUGGGACUUGGACCGUUCACAAGCCAAAGUGUCAAGCUUUGAACUGUGACCCACCUCCCACGAUAGAGCACGCGUCUGUGUCGUGUAACACUACACACUACAGUGUGUACACCGUCUGUGUUGUCGCGUGCGACCCAGGUUACGUCAUCGAUGACCUUGAUCAGAUCAGCUGCAAGGUCAACCGGCAGUGGACGAAACACGGGCAAUGUGCUGAAAGCCGGUGCCCGGCCCUAGUACCACCCGUCAACUCAAACCUCACGUGCACGAACGGCAACAAGGUGACGUCAGUGUGUCGCGUGCAGUGCCAGCCAAUGAGCGAGCCGCAGGGAGCGGAUGUGAUCACGUGUCUGGAUGACGAAGUAUGGAGUGACACGCCCUCUUCUUGUAUUCCUUCCUGUCCUGAACCACCACGUGUUGAUAACGGACGUCACAUGUGCAACCAGGGUCGGAAGCAGGGUGACACGUGUGUACUGGAGUGUAACGGUGGGUACCGGGCAGUAGGGCCACUCUACAUCACCUGCACGAACGUGAGUGACUGGACCACGUCAGGCUCGUGUACAGACCUCUGUAUUCCUGCUCUUUUCCUUAAGACCUCUGCCACCCCGGCCAGAACUCUACAGACGGACGUCAGCCUUGCACUUUAUGCCCAAAAGGGACGUACACCUCAGAGUUUGGUGCCCGCAGCUGUGACGUCUGCCCCUACACAAUGUCUACAGUAA